UUUGUGCGUUUGCGAAUACAAUUAUUGUGCAAAAUUGAAACUAACAUGUAAAUUGUGGUAAAAUUGAUUAUUCCGAAAAAAAGAUUUUCUUCCGUGUACUUAAGUAAUUCCAUCGUAAAAGAAAUAUUCUGGAUAAAGGGAAAUGCAUUAGAAGCUGAUCAGAGGGAACAGUUGACAACUGCAUUAAUGAAAUUGAUGAACAAAUGCAUUCAGUGAACCAGUUUUGAAAACCUUUAACAAGAAUUUAGUGGUGUGUGAGUGGGUGGUUAUAGGUUGUUGCGUGUGCCGAUGCACGUGCAUAGGUAUUUCAUGUAAUGUGCAAGGUUGUGUUUUACGUCACUUCGCGUACUUAAUAUGUGUUCAUUGUGUCCUCGCAGCUAUUUCAGGAUGAUAUUCUCGUUAAAUAAAUAAAUAUUUGUGAAUUACUGGAGUUUUAAUACAGACGUCAGUUUUAUUUAUUUCUCUGUACUGUUUCACUGUUGAAAUCAUCAUGAAUGAGGUUAUG